GAUAACAUUUAUCAUUUUGUUUUCAAAUAAGCAAAAGGAGAAUAGUUUAGCCUAGUACUUUUAUUUAACAUAUUUUAGAAACAUAAAAAAGUGAAAAUGGCUGGUGUGUUGUUCGAAGAUAUUUUCAAUGUGAAAGACAUCGACCCAGAAGGCAAGAAAUUUGACAGAGUGAGCAGACUACAUUGCGAGAGCGAAUCAUUCAAAAUGGAUCUGAUUUUGGACAUCAACUCUUGGUUAUACCCCAUGGAGUUGGGUGACAAAUUUCGUUUAGUCUUGGCUACAACUCUUCGAGAAGAUGGGUACGCUGACGGUGGGGAUUGGAACCCCCAAGGACUGGAGAGCGAAGGAUCAAGGGCUGACAGUUUCGAAUACGUGAUGGCGGGCAAAGUAUACCGAAUCGAAGGGGAUGAAGCCGCCAACGAACCCUCCAGUAGGCUAGCUGCCUACGUAUCUUUCGGGGGUCUUCUCAUGAGGCUACAAGGGGAUGCCAAUAAUCUGCACAGCUUCGAAGUGGACCAGCAUAUGUAUUUACUGAUGAAGAAAAUUUUUAUGUAGUUACAGCAUGGAUGAACGUUAUUUAGGCUAAGUUUUAAUAAAAAUAUAUUUAAAUGA